AUGUCUGAUACACAAGCCAGUAACAAGACAAUUGAUGAGCCUGUGCCGACCACAGACGUUGCAUCCCAGGACGAAGCUCCGACAGGGCUUCUUCCCGGUCAGCAUUGGACGCAGACCGAACCGGAUCAGGACGAUGACGACAAUGAUUCAACACUAUCGGACAAUGCCAGCUCCACAGCUUCGCUUUCGUCCGACAUCCUGCGCUACCGUGAGAUUAAUGGUAGAAGAUAUCAUAGCGAACAGGGCGAUGCUCAGUACUGGAUUUCUAAUGAUAACCAAGCCAAUGAGGCACUGGACAUCAAUCACCAUGUUCUGAUUCUCAUGUACAACGACAAGCUCUUCAAGGCGCCGUUGAACGACAACGUACAGAAUGUAAUAGAUAUUGGAACAGGCACAGGAAUUUGGGCGAUGGACUUUGCCGACGAGUUCCCCAAUGCAAAGGUGAUAGGAACCGACAUUUCCCCAAUCCAGCCAGGUUGGCUACCACCAAACCUCGAGUUUCAAAUCGAUGAUUGUAUGCAGGAAUGGACUUUCAAGGAGAAUUCACUUGACUAUGUACAUAUGAGAUUCCUAGUCGGCAGCAUUAUCGACUGGCCCGGACUGUUCAAGCAAGCAUAUAAGUGCCUGAAGCCAGGGGGCUAUAUCGAAAGCCACGAGGCCUCGCCUUGCAUUGGAAGUGACGAUAACUCGGUGUCUGAAGACAGUGCUAUGGGCCAGUGGGGAAAGAUCUUUAUGGAAGGAGGUCGAAAGCUUCAACGGCCAUUCUCUGUUCUUGAAGAUAAUGUACAAGUUGAGAGCAUGAAUGAAGCAGGAUUCAUUAACAUUGAGGAAGAAGAGAUCAAGGUGCCCAUUGGCGGAUGGCCUGAAGAUCCCAGGCUCAAAGAGGCUGGUCAGUAUUUCCAGGCUGCAAUCCUACAAGAUGUCGAAGGCACUCUCACGUUCAUCGCGAACCUUUUGGGGUGGAGCAAAGAAGAGAUCCACGUCUUUGCCGCCAGAUACCGGCGUGAGAUCCGGUCAAAGAAGGUCCACGGGUACUUUCGCGGCAAGGUGGUCUGGGCACAAAAGCCACUCGUCAACUGA